AUGAUAGCCUCGUACCCAGUCUACAUCCUUGCCCUGAACCCAUUCUACAUACUCGUACCAAGUCUACAUCCUAACAUCGUACCCAGUCUACAUCCUGUCCUCGUACCCAGUGUACAUCCUAGUCUCAUACCCAGUCUACAUCCUAACCUCGUACCCAGUCUACAUCAUAGUUUCGUACCCAGUGUACAUCCUAACCUCGUACCCAGUGUACAUCCUAGUCUCAUACCCAGUCUACAUCCUAACUUCGUACCCAGUGUACAUCCUAGCCUUGUACCCAGUCUACAUCCUUACAACGUACCCAGUCUACAUACUAACCUUGCACCCAGUCUACAUCCCAGCCUCGUGCCCAGUCUACACCCUAGCCUCCUGCCCAGUCUACAUCCUAACCUCGUACCCAGUCUACAUCCUAGUCUCAUACCCAGUCUACAUUCUAACCUCGUACCCAGUGUACAUCCUAGCCUUGUACCCAGUCUACAUCCUUACCUCGUACCCAGUCUACAUACUAACCUUGCACCCAGUCUACAUCCUAGCCUCGUGCCCAGUCUACACCCUAGCCUCGUGCCCAGUCUACAUCCUUACCGCGUACCCAUUCUACAUACUAACCUUGCACCCAGUCUACAUCCUAGCCUCGUACCCAGUCUGCAUCCUAGCCUCGUGCCCAGUCUACAUCCUAACCUCGUACCCAGUCUACAUCCUAACCUCGUAUCCAGUGUACAUCUUAACCCUCAAUUUCUGUACCUUUGCCAUGAUCAUUACAUCAGCAAACUUUUAACAACAGAUGUGGAAGGACCUCAUUUAAAAGCCUCACUUGAGAAACCUACCCGACAGUUUGUUACUAACGACCCUAGAAAGUUCAGGGACAGCUUUCGCAGCACUUCUGCUCUCAUUUCAUCGAAUGAAGGCAACCUUUUUGGAGAAGAAAAGGGUAAUCGAGAGUCUAUAGUGGAAAACAGUCAAGAAUAUAAAAACCAGACUAAAAGCGAAAAUCAAUUAAUUGCUGGUAGAUCUACAGAAAAUGUUUUUACAACGGAUUAUAAAGAAGAAAGAACACAUAAUAAUAAGACAGUGCUGACUGAAAAUACAAAUCUUUCAGAGCGUGUCGGAGACGAACACGUUAUUGAGGAGAAACGACACAUUGCAUUUUUAAAGGUACACAAGGCCGCUUCGACAACGCUGCAAACCAUGUUCUUCAGGUUCGGAUAUGAGCGUAACUUGAGCUUCGUAUUACCCGUGAAGGGUAAUUACUUUUCAAAAUCAGCCAAAGUUCACGAAGAUCUAGUACCUGCGCUCCACGGUGACCAUUACGAUAUCCUAUGUAACCAUGGCAUUUUCAGUUACAAAAUUUACUCAAACGUAAUGCCGAAUGACACAGUCUAUUUAGCAGUUGUGAGAGACCCUCUUGAUCAGUUUAUCUCAGCAGUUAAUUACUAUACAGAUUUAUACAAAUUCAGAUAUUUGAUGGAUGUGCCAGGUAAUCGAAUAGAAAAUCUUAUCAGAUACCCGGAAAAAUACGAUACACCUUUGUCCUACACCAUGAACUCGAUGGCGCGUGAUUUUGGUUUCAAACUAGACCAUUUUUUCAUCGAAAGUGACCAUGGAGCGAAACAGUACUUACAACACCUUGGUGAAAUAUUUGAUUUUGUAUUGAUUGCCGAACAUCUUGAUGAAUCUUUGAUACUGAUGAAAAGGCUUUUAAACUGGUCUUUGAAGGAUAUAUUGUACAUGUCCAAAAAUGUACGUGGAUCUGAAGAAACAAUAAGUGAACAACUAAUGAAAAAGUUCAGAAAGAGAAACAAGCUCGAUUACAUGGUUUACGAAUUCUUUUAUAACAAAUUCAAAACAGAAUUGAACAAAUCUAAAGAAAGCAUAAAGGCCGAGACGGCACAUUUCAAACGUGUGUUGAUUACUGUACAAAACUGGUGUCUGGAUUCCUUGUUUGGAGAAUUAACGAUAGAAGCUUCGGAAUGGAAUAAAGAAUUUGUUCUAACUACAACAGAUUGUCAGUUAAUGACAAAACGUGAGCUUAACUUUAUAGAGCUUUUGAAAGGUAAAACCAGCAAGUUAUGACACGACAGCUCACGUACUCGUAGAUUCAUCUUCCUUGCAUUUAAACCAGUCUUAAAAGUGCAAUGUUCCCAGUCUGUGGUAAAAAACGACAAAUAACGUUGUAAUGAUUGAAAAUGGUGUAUAAUGUCUUCUUUAUAGCCUUGAACUUAACUUUGUGCUAAUCACCAAGUCUUUGUCUUAAAGUUCACGUAGGGAUUCAGUGGAAGUAAUUUUGAUAGAACGGAGACAGCAAGUGUCACCCGAAAUGGCAUCUGUAGAUGUUUGUGUUGAGACAAGCUGCUUAUAAAAGCUUACGAUACAGAAACAGACUGCUUCGUUCUUUACAAAAUGAUCAGUAAAAAGAACUUACAAAAUAAGACGGCCUGAAUUCGACAUAUAAACCUUACAAACUGAGUAUUAAACUAGAACAAAUAGAAUGUUUAGAAUUUAUUUUUCAGAUAACACAUUAACAAUAAAAAUCUCUGAAAAAAAUACAUUUAAAAAAAGAAUGAUAUAUUUUUUCACUUCCGGCAGACGUCCGUUCGGUUGGGAUAUUUUCUAAGCUUUUCUAAAGCUUCUCGGAAGCUAUUCACUUGGGAACGAACGCGGUAGUUGACAAACAAGCCUAUCAGGUGAGGUUCUCGCAAAAAUGGUAAGAUGCUAAUCUGGCAGCUUUCACCAGGGCCAAGUUCAGUGUACAAUUAUUGCACUGGUAGUUUUUGAACAUUUUUAAAUGAAAUUCAGUAACUAGGAAAUGUUUGGGCCUACAGUCCUCGGAUUGGCGGAGGAAGAUGACUUAUUGAUUUUGAGGUCAUUAGGUCAAGGUCACAGUGACUCUGACCAGUGACGUGCAACAGGGAAACUGUUUUUUGUCUAUAGCAAAACCGAUCGUAUAACCAGAGACAUGUCUCUGAUAUAACUUUAAAAGGAACAACACUGGACCUCUCCUAUGUUUAAAAGAAGCCUAUUUGUUUAAGGUAGUUCUGCACGUUUGAUAAACCGGAAGUGAUGGCGUACCGUCAUUUAUUCCGAUAACGUAGAAUAAAGCCUGGAUUCAGCGUACGGAAAUGAAAAUCAUUUCAUACUUAGAAAUCCAAGCCAGUUUGCUGGCUUAUUGGUGAAAUUGUCUCCCUUGAAAACAGCUUACUGAGGGUAUCUAUUAACCAUUAUCGGUCAGUUUACGCCUGAAAUAUAGAAAGAGAAAAUCUUUAACACAUCAAAUGACAUCAAAAGCAUUAUCUGACAAUAUUUAUUAAGUUAUUGAAGUAAUCUGCAAUAUUUACAUUUUCCUUUAAUCAAAUAAUUUUAAUAAAAUAAAAUAAAAUCUUCUUGCUUCCCUAAGCAUUUGAAAUAAGUAAUUGAUUUUGAUCCAGAGUCCCAUUGAUUUCUGAAUUAUUGACAACCGGUGAGUAAAUGUAUUACAAUUGUAAUGUUACUAUCUUAAUAUGAUAUUAAAAUCUAACAUGUUAAAUGAUUUAAAAAAUGUCUUAAAAUCUGUUUAUAAUUCUUGGAUGUCUUUAAUCAUGAGCAAAUAUAUCAGAAACAAACAUGAACCUAUACAUUUUAUUUCACCAUAUCAUAGCCCAUAUGUUUAUUUGCGACUAUGAAAAGUUUCAUCAAAAUCUGCAUUGUAAAAAAUCUAUUCGAGAAAUUAUCCCUGUGAGGUCCAACUUUUUCAAUUCAGUCCAGCAAAAAAAAAAAAAAAAAAAAAAAAAAAAAAAAAAAAUAAAUAAAUAAAAUAAAAUAAAAUAAAAUCGAGCACACGACCCAGUCUUUUUUAUUUGCCGAAUUUUCGAAGUUGAAAAAUCAAGAUUUAGUAAAAUUAUACAUUGUAGAAAAAAAUUGAUCCAAAUGUGCAGAACUACUUUAAACUAUUUUAAUAGAUUAUUUAUAAAUUACAUCUUCAUCGAAUCUUAAUCUAUCAAUCACCCACGAUGUCUUUUAACAUCGUUUCCUUAGUUACAAAAGGAGUAUGACGUAGUAUCAUGUAAUAUUUCACCUUUUAAUUCAAAUCUGUUCAAAAGUGAAAUGAACUGCUGUUACGACUAAAAUUGAUAAAGUUUACUAUUUCAGUUGCAACUUACAAACAUUUGCGUCAUGCCACAUGUCAAGUACGAGAAACACGUGCAGAAUCUGUAAUUACACAAAGACACAUUAGUACUAGGUUUAUCAUAUGGAGGAAGUGUACAUGAUGAUAGACGCUGACCAGAACCUGUUUCACUCCACAUUCGGAUAUGUAAAUUUUAUGUAGAAACAAUUGAAACUUGUUAUUUAGGAGUUUAUUAGGGUAGGUCCGCUCGUUUGACAAACCCGAAAUCAUUGCAUUACGUAAUGUACCCGGUAACAUAAUAAUAAUAAUAAUAAUAAAAAAAACCCGGAAGAAACUGUUAUUUAAGUGCCGCUUGGAAUUGUUGAUUUCUGAAAUAAUGAAAAUAAGCACACGGACCUAUUUUGUUUACGAAAGAUAGUGACUUGUUGAAUAAAUUGUUGGAGUUAUGACGCGAAAGAAUCUUGUCAUGAGUGCCUCUGAACGAGAAGUAAUGCUUUUAUUGAGAACAAAUAAAUGUUUGGGAUAUAUUAGGCUAAUUCAGUUAUACGAGGUUACCAAGAAUUAUUAUCUAUAUCUUUGAAAAUGUUCACCGAUAUGUGGCUGUUUUUCGUGGACUUCUUUACAGUGCGCCGCUAUAACGUUUGACGCUAUGACGUCACAAAUGAGACGUACAUACAAUGCAUAUGUUACAUAAUAGCACAGUUUCAGUCUUCUUUAUUUUAUAGAAAAAGUCGUGUUUUCUGUUAUCAUAGAAUAGACAAAACGCUGAUUUGCAACUGCAAAAAGUUUCAUCAAAAUCUACGUAAUAAAUAGAAACAAUUCCAUUCGCAAAAUGUCAUCAAAAUAGUAAUUUCCCAAUAGACUUUCACUAUGAAAGCUUGCACAAUGUCCUUAUUUUUAAAAACAAUCAUAUACACGAGUCAAUAAGUUUUUUUUUUACUUUUUUCAAAUUUUCUAAGUAUGUUCCAAAGUUUUUAAACUUCAGAGUUUUAAUCGAAUUCCGCAACGUAGACAAAAUUGAACCGAACGUGCAAAUCUUUCUCAACAAGGAAAUAUUUUAUGCUUAUAGUUCAGCAGGUCGAAAUAACAACCGAUACAGAAAAAGACAAGCUAUCUCAUAUUGAAAUGCUUUGAUUUUCAGAGCACAGCGGCCAACAGAAAUUACCAAAUAGAUAUUAAACCUUGUUUCGAAUUUCAUGGCGCUGUGUAAUGACGGCGGCAGCGGCAGGUUUGGUUAAGACGCAUCCUUCAACGUUAUUAGGAAUGACCAGGCAAAAGAAAGUACAACCGAUUGAAGAAUUAAUAGAAACAUUAAAAAAUAAUCUUAAAAUGUGGUAAUAAAUGCACAUAGAAUAUUUGCCUUUCCAUAUCGGCAUCAGUGGGCUUGUUAAAUGGUGACAUAAAUGCGUAUCAAGUUUUACCUGUUACGUUUUUCGUAUCUUUGGGAGGAGCCCAAAUAACCUGCAAAUUGGAAGAAGAAGGGUGUGGCGGAGAUUUCUUUUAAAUGGUAGAGGAUGGGUCGAAACGUGGCAGUUAAUAAUUCAUAUCUUCUGACUGUUCUUUUUUCAAAGCAAACGUAUUGUUUUGUCGAGUAAUAAACUAUCAAUAUAUGUUUUCUAGUAAGACGUCACGUCAGAAUAACAGAAAUAUGUACACAUGUCAUAAAAAUAAUAUUCCUUGCGAUUCGUUUUAGAAUGAAUUUUAUUGAAGAGCAGACGAUACAAUAUCUGUUACAAUAUAUUACUUAUAUGAUAAAAACUAUGAAGUGAAGUGUUUCUCUUUGAAAUGUAUGUAAAUAUUUAACAACUAAUAGAAUAUGUGUAUUUAUAUUUAGGCUCAUGCAAAGCCGUCUUGAAACUAGAUCGAGUCAAUUGCGAUGCAGU